CAACAAAUCAGAUAUAUGUCAAUGUCAGUUGAAAUUUAUUUAUGUUUUCACAACAACUCAGUAGGCAUAAUGGAAUGAGUUAGUUUAUAUCAUGAACGUUUAUUUUAUUACAGAUACUUUUUACAAGACGUAACUUUUGGUUUCCCAUAAUAUAUUUGCAAUGAAUAACAUGGUGCAUUACGGAGAUAAAGUUCGCAAUGGAAGGCAAGGUGGUCGGAUAAUGAUUUUCCUGUUCCUUUCAAUGUGCAUUGCAUUGCUAAUUGCACUUAGCUACAAACAAGCUUCAGUUAACAUGAAGGAAAGAGCUGAUGAUAUGGAAGAGAAAUAUAGGCAAACACUAAAGACUUUUCAGACAUGUAGUUCCAACAAAAAUAUUAUUUUUGAGGAACUUAACAGUAAAAAAGUAGAAAACAUCGAAAUUAUGAACAAGAAAUCUAAACUGACUUCUGAUUUGAAUGAUUGCUCGGCUUUAACGAAAUCUUUGCAAACAAAUAAACUGGAGAUGGGAAUACAAAGAGAUGAUGCACACAAACAAUUAGUCGAAAAGGAAUCCAAAAUAACUGAGUUGCAGCAAGCAGUAGCUGAAAAGGAAAGCGAAUUGGAAGAAUUACGAAAUACAAAUGCGGAACUAAAGCAACAACUUCAUGAAAUGGUGUUAAAAGUGGAUACCUUUGAAAAAAAUGGUAAAACUUUGCAACUAAGUGAAAAUGUUGAACCAUUGGAGAAAGGAAACCCGGCUUUAAAAGAAGAUGCAUUAUCUUUAGGACUGCAAGGUAUUAAGAAUGUUGAGCCUCUAGAAAGCACUGGUCUAUCUCCAGAAUCAAGUGAAUCAAACUUAAAUGCUGAAAAUGUGAAAAAAGAAUCUUCCAAUGUAACUAAUACAUCAAACAUAUUUAAAUCUGAUCAUAGCACUGAGAAGCCCAAAGUGGCAAAUCCAGAUUCUGGUAAAACCAAAACCGGUAAAUCUGCUGAUACAGCCCUUGAUCUUGAAGCAACACAAAACAAAUUGCCUGAAAAGAAUGACCAUCCUGAACCAUUAGGCCAACCAAAAACAGCAAAAGAAUCUGUUGAAAAAGAUAAAAAGGACACAGAAGUGUCAGAGAUAAAAGAAAUUCUACCAGAGAAGGGAAUCAAAGCUAGUGUUCAGGUAAAAACAAAAGUGGCCGAAAAAGCAACCACUGAGCAAAAUAAGCCAAAAGAUGGAAUCGAAGAAAAGAAAGUAGUAUCUUUGAAAGAACAAGCGGCAAAUGAAAAUCUAUCCAAGCCCCUGGUAGGUGAAAAGAAAUCAGGAAAUCCAAAGUUAAAAGUAGUUCCUUCUGAAGAGGAUGAAAGUGAUGUUUAUGAUGCAGAUGUCCACUCUGAAAAAGACACUGGCAAAGAUGAUGUAAUGGUAGCACAAAAGAUCUAAACAUUGCUACAUACAUAUUACUCUCGUAUCGACAGUAGCAUAGCUAACGAUACCAUUCUAUUUUUCUUGGUAAUGUCGUUUUACUCAGUUUUAUUAUUUUAUUUUGUCUAUGCAGAAUAGCUGUAACAUUGUUCCAUUAAUAAUAAGGAAAAGUGCUUCAAACUUGGUGGUACGCUUGUAAAAUCCACAUGUAAAUUGGGUGCAGAUUUUUAGAGGUUAUUUAAUACCAAUGUAUUAAAAAUUCUAUGACAUGUGAGAUUCUUCAACCACUAUUAACUGUGCAGUAAAUAUAUAUUUUUGUCAUCUAUUUAAAUUGUUGUUUUAUUUACCUUGAUGCUUUGUUACAUCUAUACACUGAAGCACCUAUUCAUUCAAGCCAUGUUACACUGUAGAAGUAAAUGCACAUUCAUAAAAAUCUUUGUAUAUAAAUAAACAGGAGCUGUUAAUCUCA